AUGGAAGAGGCUGUUGAAGUUGAAGAAAUUGUAUGGCAGAUUGUCGAGACUGCAAGAUAUUUGGAGCUGGAAGUUGCUGCAGAUGAUUCAGAGGAGCUGAUAGAAGAGCAUGCAGAGGAGCUGAUGGAAGAACAUGCAGAGGAGCUUACAAUGGCAGUUAUGAGUCAAGAAGUUGAUUAUGAAGGACAAACAAGUGCGAUGGAGUUUGAUCCCUUUGAAGAUGAAGCUACGUGUUGGGGAACACGUGGUGCUCCGCUGGCUCUCAACUCGAACCGGGCUCCGAUACUGAUUCGAAUAGAUGGCGGUGCUUCUGGGGAUUUUUCUGACAAUCAUGACAGUGCGAAAUCAGUUGGCCUGGGGGUUCUUCCUGCCAAACAAUUGAUGAAUGCUAAUGAGGCGCCGUUUUCCGCGUUCCGACGGAAGUUGGCAGAAGUAGCAAAGGGGAAGAACUCGGUUCGUGUGGCGUGGUAUUUGAAAACGGCAUGGGUUAAACCGAAACCCGUGUUGGAAGUUCCCAAGUCGUCGGUGUCAGUUAGUCGACAGGAUAAACCUCAACUGCCGACUUCCAGAGAAGCAACCAAGAUUGCGACUUUGAGGUCUCAGCAAAAGGGGGUUUCCAAGGAAGAUAUAAGCCACUUCAUCAACCCUCCGCCCCCAGAAAAAGCGGCUAGUCCAGUUCCCAGCAGCUCCAACACGAGAUCUUUGGUGAAAAAUGCAAGUACAGAACGACAGCCUGCUCAGAAGCAAGACUCUUCUGCACAAGGCCAGCGCAGACGUUCGAGAUCAAAAUCUCCUGAGCAAUCGCGUAAAAGGGCACGGAAAGAAAAUGCCUCCAUUGCUAGAAGCAUUUCCAGAAAUUCUCAACAGAACAAAGAGUCGACUGUGACAAAGGACACUCUAAUAAACGUUACAAAAACGACUGCAUCAACCAGCAAGAAUUCCAAUAAUAACUCAAAUGUGGCGCCGAAUUCUGUAAGGGUGACUGGAACCAAUAAUUCUCUGUCUGUAUCAAUGGGCCAGUCUUCAAGUGCAAUUCUCCCUCUCCUUGCUGGAAAUGGAGUCCCAGAUUCUGCUACAGCAAAGAGUAAUUCAUCUGGUGCUGUUCCUCAAGCAUUGCCAGUUCCAGUUGGCAAUGAAACCAGCGUAGUUGCGGUAGGAAAAUCGGGACAAACAAGUGCGAUGGAGUUUGAUCCCUUUGAAGAUGAAGCUACGUGUUGGGGAACACGUGGUGCUCCUCUGGCUCUCAACUCGAACCGGGCUCCGAUACUGAUUCGAAUAGAUGGCGGUGCUUCUGGGGAUUUUUCUGACAAUCAUGACAGUGCGAAAUCAGUUGGCCUGGGGGUUCUUCCUGCUAAACAAUUGAUGAAUGCUAAUGAGGCGCCGUUUUCCGCGUUCCGACGGAAGUUGGCAGAAGUAGCAAAGGGGAAGAACUCGGUUCGUGUGGCGUGGUAUUUGAAAACGGCAUGGGUUAAACCGAAACCCGUGUUGGAAGUUCCCAAGUCGUCGGUGUCAGUUAGUCGACAGGAUAAACCUCAACUGCCGACUUCCAGAGAAGCAACCAAGAUUGCGACUUUGAGGUCUCAGCAAAAGGGGGUUUCCAAGGAAGAUAUAAGCCACUUCAUCAACCCUCCGCCCCCAGAAAAAGCGGCUAGUCCAGUUCCCAGCAGCUCCAACACGAGAUCUUUGGUGAAAAAUGCAAGUACAGAACGACAGCCUGCUCAGAAGCAAGACUCUUCUGCACAAGGCCAGCGCAGACGUUCGAGAUCAAAAUCUCCUGAGCAAUCGCGUAAAAGGGCACGGAAAGAAAAUGCCUCCAUUGCUAGAAGCAUUUCCAGAAAUUCUCAACAGAACAAAGAGUCGACUGUGACAAAGGACACUCUAAUAAACGUUACAAAAACGACUGCAUCAACCAGCAAGAAUUCCAAUAAUAACUCAAAUGUGGCGCCGAAUUCUGUAAGGGUGACUGGAACCAAUAAUUCUCUGUCUGUAUCAAUGGGCCAGUCUUCAAGUGCAAUUCUCCCUCUCCUUGCUGGAAAUGGAGUCCCAGAUUCUGCUACAGCAAAGAGUAAUUCAUCUGGUGCUGUUCCUCAAGCAUUGCCAGUUCCAGUUGGCAAUGAAACCAGCGUAGUUGCGGUAGGAAAAUCGGGAGUUGUGAUCACUGUUCAACCGAGGCCAAAAUCUAUUCCCACGUCAUUUGUCAACCUCUUCUUGAAGUCCCUGGGGAUGAUGGUCAACGUGGACAAGAAUAUUCUCCCCGAAUACGACUCGGUUGUUGCUCUGUUCGAAGAAAGCGUGGAUGGUUUGGAAGCUGCCGAAAGUGUACUGAGGAGGGUAACGACUCGCGAAUAUCUGCAAAAAAUCAGCCUUCUGCUCGAAGUGGGGAAACUGAGGUUUUCCAAGGAGCAGCAUUCCUGCGUUGACCGAGUGUUGGAAUGUAUCAAUUCCUAUCUGAAUGAAACCAACCAGUUUUGCAAACAGUUUGCAAGUCCGACAACGAGGCCUAAUGUUCCUGCUGCUGCUUCACCACCUGGCAACCCCUCUCCUGAUCCAAUCGAAACUGUUGUGGUUGAAAUGGAACUUGACAGCGAAGAAGAAGAAGAACAGCAGCAGCAGGAACCACAACAACAACAACAGCGCCUACGGCCUGAGAGAGUGUUGAUACAGUGUUCUGGACCAACUAAUGGAUUACUUCCGCAUCCGGAAAGGGAGAUGAAUGCGUCUUUGGCCGAAAAGGAAAUCGUUCUUACGAUUUUGAAUUUGAGUGACGCAGAAACCGUGUCAUUCAUGUUUGAAGCUACCAGAGGCUUGGAUAAGAAGAAUUUAAUCCGGCAGUUCCUGGAAUUGAAGAAACGUCUGACCUUACCUGAGAAUCUAUCGAAACAAACGGAAUACAUGAAAGAGGUGUCCAACCGGUGCCAACUGCGUCCGAAUGCAACCCAGCCGGAGAAAGUUGAAGCCCUGCGUCGUGUUCGUGAUCUUCUCGUGAAAUACUACCGAUUGAAACCAAAGACUUUGUUGUCGACACCAGUUGUGGCGCCGCCGCCGGCUGCCACAAACGGCGUCCCUCAUCAUUCUCGAACCGCGCCGGGUGCCCCUGGAAGACUGUUGGAGGAACUAGUGUUGCCGAGACCCAAUGACCCGUCAGGAGUGGCCAAUAAUAAUUGGCGUCGCGGGAAGCCCGAGGAAUUGAUGUUGUGCUGGUUUGGCCGUUGCAACGUGUGCAAUAAGAACUGUCACCGACGGUUGCCGCAUGCGACGGCCGACGGCUACACAAUUUGCACGUCGUGCCAACGCCCGGGAAUCGUGAAACGGAUGAAGUGCAAAUUCGGGAUCAAGUGUCACGUGAAGAAGAGGGAAGACAUGAAGGAGAUGACGGAGCAACAGCGCCGUGGCGGCGAAGAAGUGUUGGACGCGAAUGGUUGUGUGGUGGGCUGCUGGUGCAGCAGAUGCCGGUCGUGUUCCGAGCUCCAGCAUUUUGUGUCCGCCACGAGACCGUCUGUGCAGCAGUGUAACAAGUGUGGGAAGAUUGCGCACUUUGUCAUGGAACCUUGCACGCAUUCGAGGUGUGUGCAGGAGAGGCUGGAAAAACGCCAGAGGGAGAGAGUGUGAUGGAAGUGAUGAGUGCAGUGAUGGUUUUUCCGCGGACGAAUAUCCCUUUCUCUGCAUGUUCUUUUUCUUUCUGUGUUUACGUGGUACGUUGAAUGUGUGUUAUUCGCUGUUGCUUCUAUACCAGAGACUUUGUUUGAUUCAACUGUGUGUAUGUGUUUUCUAUACGACUCUCGGUUGACUUCCAGUCAACCCCCGCUUUUUAAAACUGAGGAAAGAGGUCCAUCUUUUAUGAGUGGUUGUCACCAGAUAGCGAGAGGUUUGCGUGAAUUCCUAUCCUAUUCCGAUUCUCAUCAUCUGCCCAAGAAUAUUAGGUUGUCACUUGGUUUUAUAUCCCUGGAGCUGUUGGUUUGACUUUUUUUUUUGGAGUCCUCUUCUUGAGGAAAUGCUUUCCAUACAGUGGGACCCCAAGAUGCAGAGAGAAUUCAUGUAAGAACCUUGUUCAUAAGUAAGGAUGUCCACAUGUUGGGCCGUACACUACAAUAAAUUUCGAUGGGAAUAUUUUUAAUUGGUUCUUUGGAAGAUGAUUAGCAAAAAAAAAGUCCCCAAGAAAUUGAUUGAUUUUUUUUUUACUUUGGAAUUACUGAAAAUAAAUGUGCAGAGGAAAGCCACACAGAAUCUGAUCUUUUGGCAACAGGAGGAGCUCAAGAAGCAAAGGAUAUGAACAAGUCCGUCUGUACUGAGCACCCAUGAUGGAAAAAAACUGAGAAAAAGAAGCACAAAAUUAGCAUCUUCUUGAUUAUGCAGUAGGGUUAUUAUUAUAUACAGCCAACUCAACCCCUGUCUAAUGUACCUCCCAGCUAAUGUACUCUUGUCUAAUUCACCACCUUUACAGGCUGUUUUUCAUUCUGUCUGAUAUACCAAAUCUGUUCAAUGCACUUCAGUUGCUUGAUAAUUAAUGUCGCAAAUUGAAAUGCUUGACAUUUUAGUGUGUAGGAAAAAUAAAAUUGUUCCCAAAUACUUUUUACCUUGAGUAUUUAUCUGUUGCACUAAUCAAGUGCAUUAUAUGAGGGUUGACUGUAAUGAAUUUUGUUUUUAUAAUUCAAGUGUAAACAGCCUAAUUUCUCUGAAAAAUACAAAAAUUUGGAGAAUUUAAUUUUCAAAUUCUUCAAGAAAUCUUGGAAAAGUGUCCAAAUCUUCAGUCACAGUUCAGAUGUUGGGGCUAGAUUUUUUCAUUUCUGCGUGUCCCCAAUGUCUGUAUUUUGGGGUGUUGGCAUUUUUGGGUCUCACUGCAUUAAUAAGCUUGUGCCUUCCAGUUGAUUGAACCACCCCCCCCCCUUCCCUCCCAAACUUGCUUUGCAUAAGCAAGGUCAUCUUUAGUGUUAUUCUGCUGGUCUGUUGAAAACUUUUUUCCUGAAAGUUCAUCAAUUCCAUGUUAUCAUCCAUGAACAUCGUUGAUAGUUUAGGGUAGGCAUUUAUCAUUUUAUUAUCAUUUGAAAGGCAGGAAGAGAGAUUCUGGUGGUUCUCAUACUUGUUUUUCCUGGUGAAAUGUUUGCUGAUGCUUGAGGAAUUCAGGAUUUUUGGUGGUCUGUAUAUUUUUGUUGUGAUUGUGCUGCAAUUGAAAGAUUGCCAAGGUCUAUACAAAGAUGAUGGUUUUCAUACCUUGUUCUUUGGACA